CUGCUGCAGGCCGCCGACGCAGGGCUGGGUUUCCAUUUUUUGCUGCGAGUUUCGGGGAACAACAGUAUGGAGCCGGAGAUGGAGGACAAAACCGUGGAGCUUAUGAACACCUCCGUCAUGGAGUCACAGACAGGGGAUCUCUCCCCCAAGACAACCACAGUGUUCAAGAUCACCAACGGUCCCAUGACGGGCUCACGGAAAAGGCCAUCGGAGGGUAACUACCAGAAGGAGAAGGAUGUCUGCAUACAGCUGUUCGACCAGUGGUCCGAGGCAGACCAGGUGGAGUUUGUGGAGCACCUUAUCUCGCGUAUGUGCCACUACCAGCACGGCCACAUCAACUCCUACCUCAAGCCCAUGCUCCAAAGGGAUUUCAUCACAGUACUGCCAGCUCAGGGUCUGGACCACAUAGCGGAGAACAUCCUGUCGUUCCUGGACGCGCGCUCGCUGUGCUCGGCCGAGCUGGUGUGUAAGGAGUGGCAGCGGGUCAUCUCCGAGGGCAUGCUGUGGAAGAAGCUGAUUGAGCGCAUGGUCCGCACCGACCCCCUCUGGAAGGGCCUGUCGGAGAGGCACCAGUGGGAGAAGUAUCUAUUCAAGAACCGGACAACAGAAGUUCCGCCAAAUUCCUACUACCGCUCCCUGUAUCCCAAAAUAAUCCAAGACAUUGAGACUAUCGAGGCCAACUGGCGGUGUGGGCGGCACAACCUGCAAAGGAUUCAGUGUCGCUCGGAGAACAGCAAGGGCGUUUACUGCCUGCAGUACGACGACGACAAAAUCAUCAGCGGCCUGCGAGACAACUCCAUCAAGAUCUGGGACAAACAGAGCCUGGAGUGUCUGAAGAUCCUGACGGGACACACCGGCUCUGUGCUCUGCCUGCAGUACGAUGAGCGGGUCAUCGUCACAGGUUCCUCAGACUCUACUGUCAGGGUGUGGGACGUGAACUCGGGCGAGGUUCUCAACACGCUCAUCCAUCACAACGAGGCGGUGCUUCACCUGCGCUUCUGCAACGGUCUGAUGGUGACGUGCUCGAAGGACCGCUCCAUCGCCGUAUGGGACAUGGCCUCGCCCACCGACAUCAGCCUGCGCCGUGUGCUGGUGGGACACCGCGCCGCCGUCAACGUGGUGGACUUCGAUGACAAGUACAUCGUCUCUGCCUCGGGCGACCGCACCAUCAAGGUGUGGAGCACCAGCACGUGCGAGUUUGUGCGCACGCUGAACGGGCACAAGCGGGGCAUCGCCUGCCUCCAGUACCGGGACAGGCUGGUGGUCAGCGGCUCAUCUGACAACACUAUCAGGUUGUGGGACAUUGAGUGUGGUGCAUGUUUGCGAGUUUUGGAAGGCCACGAGGAGUUGGUCCGGUGCAUACGGUUCGACAACAAACGGAUUGUUAGUGGAGCGUAUGACGGUAAAAUUAAAGUAUGGGACCUGCAGGCCGCCCUGGAUCCACGCGCUCCUGCCAGCACGCUGUGUCUGCGCACGUUGGUGGUGAGUAGAGCCGCAGAACUCGUCAUGGUGAGGAGAAAGAUGGAGUGUUCUGACCCGUCUUUUCUGUUUCUCAGGAGCACUCUGGUCGAGUCUUCAGGCUUCAGUUUGACGAGUUCCAGAUCAUCAGCAGUUCCCAUGACGACACUAUUCUCAUAUGGGACUUCCUCAAUGUGUCAACCAAUGGACAAAAUGAAGGGCGAUCGCCCUCCCGCACGUAUACAUACAUCUCUAGAUAGCAGGGCAGGCCCACUGAUGGUCACUGUAUGAGUGUGUGUGUGUGUGUGUGUCUGAGAGAGAGAGAGAGAGAAUGUGUGUGUGUGAAUGUAUGUGUGUGAGAGAGUGUGUGUGUGUGAGAGAGUGUGUGUCUGUGUGUGUGAGAGGGUGUACGUGGGUGUGUGUGUGUAUCUGUGCUUGUGUGAAUGUGUGGGGUUUGUCCUGACGACCGAGCCUCUGUGUCAGUAUGCCAGGAUCUGAAGUCGAGGAAAAGAACUCUCUCCCCUCUCGUCUUCUCCACUCCUCUCCUCUCCACAUCUCCAUCCUCCAUCUUACUCCUCCACCUGGGAGCCACGCACCUCCGCCCACAGAGCCCAUUUACCCCACUCGACACACACCCAUCCUGUGCCUGAGCUCAGAUGUUUCACCACCGUUGGAGGAGUGAAAGAGAUGGGUGGAUGGAUGGAUAGAUGGAUGGACAGACAAAAUGGCCUGUGCCUCUCAAAAGAGAGAUGCCACAGAGAGGAGGAAGGUGUGGAAGGGCGUGGGAGCUCCUCCCCUUCGCCUCCGAGAACCAGACUGAGUGACAGAGCUCCCAGUCCCGCCCCUUGUAUGGCCCAAAAGACAUUUUUCAGUGGAUCUGUUUUGCUUUUGAUUGUUUUUUUUUUUUUUUUUUUUUUUUUUUUUUUGCUUUUUCUUGCCAGAGGUUUUUUUCCCUGACAGAAGAGAAAAAAUAUGAUGAAACCGAGAAAAAAAAUGGUGGAAGACAUGGAGAAGGAGGGAGGGUGUCUUCCACAUGGACUUUACUGCAUGAAUGGACGAUUGGACAGUAGUGUGUGCUAGUGCCCCCCUUUUUUUUUUUUUGUCUUUC